AUGGGGGACGAUCCGGAAAGGCUAUAUCGGUUGGACAGAGUUGCUCAUAUAGCCCGGGUCAUCAAUGACGAGCCACAGCGAUGCAUCAGGAGCAUGCGGCGGCAGCAGGGCAUUCGACUCGAUGAGCGGUAUGUUCCGUACUUGCAGAUGGCCGGAUUAUACCAUCUUGCGAGGCUGAACGAUAGAUGGUUCCGAUUAGAUGAGCCCCUUGACGUGACGUACCAGUUGGGGUUGCCAGUGGACGGGCGUUAUGUCAGCGGUUGCCUUACAGAUUUCCAGAUAUACAUCCAGGGUAGCCGUCCAGCUUGGGAGACUUUUGGAGAGUGCCCCGAGGGAGCCGAUGAGAAGACUGUGCGACACUUUGCUCAUGCCUAUAUCAUGAUGUUGUUGGGCACUCAGCUGUUUGCCGACAAGUCCGGCAACCGCAUUCACAUCAGAUGGCUUCCCUACGUAGCUAGGCUUGAGGAGAUGGGUACCUAUAGCUGGGGGUCUGCAGCACUAGCAUGGUUGUACCGGUGCAUGUGCCGAGUGACGAACAGACAUGUGGUGAAGUUAGCGGGCCCACUUCAGCUACUUCAGUCCUGGAUCUUCUGGCGCUUUCCUAGGUUUAGGUCUGCCGGGUAUGAUGCGUGCAGCUGGUCUUUGGCUUCGAGGUACUUUAGUCAGACUUCUCUAUUUCAAUUUAACAUAGCUAAUUCCAUGUACGCUUCUAACGUAUUACAAAUCUGUCGCACCUUUAAUUAG